AUGGGGCAACGCUUUGCCCCAUCGUACGCCAACCUGUACAUGAGCGAGUGGGAGCGGGAGGCCCUGGCCAACAACAUCGUCUACAACAUUAUGUUGACAACCUCAUCAUCUCAGGACUGGAGGGCAACGCGACGUGGACGAGGGCGCCAGCCCACCAGGAACGGCCUGCUACCACUGGCUCUUUUCAAGCCUUUUCAUGUGUUGAAGGAACUUGUCAGUCCGAUCAUCCAGAGGCAGAACACCAACUACCGGGAUUGUAUCUCCGUUGGGGAGCCGCUGAUGAUUACACUGCGCUUCUUGGCAACAGGGGAAAGCUUCAGGAGCCUUUCUUACCAGUUCCGAGUGGGAGUAUCAACAAUUCGGCAAUUGGUUCCUGAAACCUGUGCAGCAAUCUACCAGGUUUUAAAGGAGAAAUACCUGAAGUGCCCAUACACAAUUGAAGAGUGGCAGCAAGUAGCCGAUGGAUUCCAGGCUCAGUGGAACUUCCCAAACUGCCUAGGUGCUCUGGAUGGGAAACACAUCAACAUUCGCCCCCCCCCCGGAACUGGAUCAACAUUCUACAACUACAAACAUACAUUUUCCAUAGUCCUAAUGGCACUGGUUGACAGCAAUUACAAGUUCCUUUAUGUAGAUGUUGGUUGCAAUGGGCGGAUUUCUGAUGGCGGAGUGUUUGGUGGAUGCUCACUGCAGGAUGCUCUGGAGAAGAGAACAUCCAACAUCCCUGCCCCUGCAUCACUUCCUGCUUCUGACCAGCUGGCUCCUUAUUGCAUUGUGGCAGAUGAGGCAUUUCCCUUGAAGGAGUACCUCAUGAAGCCAUAUCCGAACCGCAGGCUAUCUGUAGAGCAACGCAUCUUCAAUUACAGGCUGUCACGAGCUCGGAGGGUGGUAGAAAACGCUUUUGGAAUCCUAGCCAAUCGUUUUCGGGUCUUUCUAACCACCAUUAACAUUCAAGACACUGCCAAAGUGGAGGACAUUGUUUUGGCUUGCUGUGCUCUGCACAACUUCCUGCGGACCGAGAGCUGUGACCAAUACAUGGCAGGGAUCGUUGACCAGGAAGGACCAAAUCAUGACACUGUCCCAGGAAGAUGGAGACAAGACCCUGACCUACAGCAGGCUUCCCUGCCACACACAACCAAUGCUACAACACGAGCCAAGCAGCACAGGGAUGAGCUAUGCCGUUACUUCAUGUCUGAUAUCGGUGCAGUGCCUUUUCAGUGGGGCAAAAUAUAGGAAAUGUGUAUGCCUAUUGAUUGUAUGAUAUUGUAGUGUCUGACUGACAAGAAAACAACUUGGCUGUGUGUUUCAGGUCUAUGGCUGUAGUCUAAAAAUACACAAUAAAGUUAUUUUGCAUGAU